AUGUCCCAGAAUUAUCCAAGAAUGACAUCGAGCCCAAUAACGUCAAUGGGAAUAUUUUAUACCGAGAAAUCACUGAAAUGUGAAUUGUACUUUAAUGAUCCCUAUGGAAAACAGAGUUUCGAAUAUAAGGAAACAAAGAUCGAUCAUUUGAAAAACUUCGUCGAAUACCUGGAAGAAAUCAUCUAUAACCAAGCAGGUCUCGUGAAUUCUCUCAAAAUCAAAUACAGCGGACAUGAAGAAAACUAUACAAAAGAAAAGUUGGACCCAGUCAUUAACCAGAUAUUUAAGUGUCUGGAAUCGAGAAAUGAACGUCUUCAAGUCAAAAGACUAUCGAUCGAUGCAGUUGAUAUGAGUCAGGCAAUGAGAGUCGUCAAGUUAUUGGAUCCAUCGGUUUUGAAGAAAGUCGAGUUUGGUUUUGAGAAUAGAGAUGAGGAAAUUGAUUUGGAAGAUGCUCUGGCUUUGGUAAAAUGGAAUGAAGGGCAACGGAUGAAAUUGAUUUUCAAAUUGCACACAAUUCGUCCAGAAUAUUUGGAAUCGGUGAAAAAAUUUCUUCUACAUCUACCGACUUUCACUGAGAUCUUCGUUUAUUACAAACACUGUGUCCAUGAUGCUGCGAGUUUGAGAUCUAUUAUGGAUGUUCCAAUGCAACAUGAAUCUCCUGAUUCCAAAGAGAAGUUUAUCAAGUUCCGAUUGUCACAUAGUCUGUUGUUAUCUGCUGGUGUAGUGAAAAUAUCACUGAGCAACGAUGUAUCUGCAAUGGUUCUAGAGAAUCCAUUGAUUAUGAAACGUGUCAUUCAAUCGUUCAACUUUUGGAAUGUCCAACGACUCCGAAAAACGUCUCGUGGAAUCAGGGACUGCGUUGAUUUUCUAAAACCCGUAACACAUAUUGAUGAGUAUAUGGUUUUUUUCUUAAGUGAUAUUCAUCCAAGUGCAUAUAUUGAAACUGGACGUUACUGGUCAAGAAGCUGGAAUUAUGGGAAACAUGAAAUUUCUAUGGACAGAAAUGUACUGUGUCAGAAGGCACUAGCUCAAGUUUUGCAUGAUUUCGAGGUCAACUUGGGUCGUCAGAAUACGUGUUUAGAAGAGUUGAAAUUUAUAUUCUCGUAUAUUGACACUCUUCGGAAGGAGGAAAAUCGCAAGCCAAGCAAGAAAGAAUUUAAGCGUCUCCAUCAACUUACCAUUCAAUUUUUGGGGAAACUUAAAGAAAUUUUAUCAAGAAGAAGUCAGUUACUAAAAGUGAAAGUGUUGGAAUUGUUAUGUUGUACGGACGACAAUUUGAUGCAAAUUCUCCCGUAUCUUGACCCGAAUUGCUUGAAAAAAAUUGAACUGAACGAUCCGCGAUCGGAAUAUGAAAGACUCAGGGUUAAGUAUCCAGAGUCCAUGUUGAAACCGUUUGUAUUGGACGAGAUAUGUCAACUGGAACAGUGGAAGAAAGCGACGGAACUGAAGAUUCGAUCACAGCCGAUAUCCACUUCUAUUCAAAAAAUGAAUAUCAUUCAUUUUUCCAAAAUUUGGAUAGAAGUGGAUACAAUCAGUUCAGAAGAUGUGUUAUAUCUCAAAGAACAUAUUCUACUAUCGACCACUUUCCAAAGAUUCAUUAUUGACUUCAAAAACACAACAAUUGACUACGAAACUCUUCACGGACUAAUUGGGCCACCGCAUCGGAUCUUCAGUGACACUUCUCGUAUCUGGUUUUUCCAAAUGGAAGUGAAUCAUCAAUUUUUGAAACGUCUUAAUCAACUUACCAUUCAAUUUUUGUGGAAACUUAGAGAAAUUUUAUCAAGAAGAAGUCGGUUACUAAAAGUAAAAGUGUUGAAAGUGUUAUGUUGUACCGACGACAAUUUGAUGCAAAUUCUCCCGUACCUUGACCCGAAUUGCUUGAAAAAAAUUGAAGUGAAUGAUCCGCGAUCGGAAUAUGGAAGACUCGGUGACAGGGUUAAAUACCCAGAGUCCAUGUUGAACCCGUUCGUACUGGACGAGAUAUGUCAGUUGGAGCAGUGGAAGAGUGCGACCGAACUGGUGAUUCGAUCACAGCCAAUAUCCACUUCAAUUCAAAAAAUGAAUAUCACUGAAUUCUCAUCAGUUUGGAUAGAAGUGGAUACAAUCAGUUCAGAAGAUGUGUUAUAUUUGAAAGAUCAUCUUUCACUAUCGACCACUUUCCAAAGAUUCAUUAUUGACUUCAAAAACACGACAAUUGACUACGAAACUCUUCACGGACUAAUUGGACCACCGCAUCGAAUCUUCAGCGAUGAUGAUCGUAUUUGGUUUUUCCAAAUGGAAGUGAAUCAUCAAUUUUUAGAAAACAUGCCCCAGAAUUACCCAAGAAUGGCAUUGAGUCCAAUAACGUCAAUUGGAGUAUUUUAUACGGAGCAUUCACUGAAAUGUGAAAUGCACUACAAUGAUCCCUAUAGAAAACAGAGUUUCGAAUAUAAGGAAACAAGGAAAAAGAACGACUUUUUGAAAAAUUUCGUUGAAUACCUGGAAGAAAUAAUCAAUAAUCAAAAAUCUCUCGUCGAUUCUCUCAAAAUUAAAUACAAUGGACUUGAGGAAAACUAUAACACGGAAACGUUGAACCCAGUCAUUAGCCAGAUAUUCGAGUGUCUGGAAUCGAGAAAAGAACUUCUUCAAGUCAAAAGACUAUUGAUCGAUGCAGUUGAUAUGAGUCAGGCAAUGACAGUCGUCAAGUUAUUGGAUCCAUCGGUUUUGAAGAAAGUCGAAUUUUGUUUCGAAAAUAGAGAUGAGGAUAUUGAUAUAGAGGAUGCUCUGGCUUUGGUAGACUGGAAUGAAGGACAACGGAUGAAAUUGGUUUUCAAGUUGCACACACUUCGCCCAGAAUAUUUGGAAUCGGUGAAAAAAUUUCUUCUACAUCGAUUAACUUUCACUGAGAUCUUCGUUUAUUAUAAGAACUGUGCCCAUGAUCAUGCAAGUUUGAGAACAAUUAUUGAUGUUCCAAUGCAACACGAAACUCCGGGCUCGACGGAGAAGUUUUUCAAGUUCCGACUGUCACAUAGUCUGUUGUUAUCUGCUGGUUUAGUGAAAUUAACUCUGAGCAACGAUGUAUCUGCAAAGGUUCUCGGAAAUCCAUUGAUUAUGAAACAUGUCAUUCGAUCGUUUGGGUUUUGGAAUGUCCAACGACUCCGUAAAACGUCUCGUGGAAUCAGGGAUUGCGUUGACUUGCUCAAACCCGUCACCCACAUUGAUGAGUAUAUGGUUUUUUUCUUAAGUGAUAUUCAUCCCAGUGCAUAUAUUGAAACUGGAUGUUACAGUUCAAAAAGCUGGUUAUACGGGAAACAUAAAACUUCUAAGAACAGAAAUGUAUUGUGUCAGAAGGCACAGGCUCAAGUUUUGAAUGAUUUCGAGAUCAACUUGGGUCGUCAGAAUACCUGUUUAGAAAAAUUGAAAUUUAUAUUCUCGUAUAUUGACACUCUUCGGAAGGAGGAAAAUCGCAAGCCAAGCAAGAAAGAAUUUAAGCGUCUCCAUCAACUUACCAUUCAAUUUUUGGGGAAACUUAAAGACAUUUUAUCGAAAAGAAGUCAGUUACUAAAAGUAAAAGUGUUGGAAGUGUUGUGCUGUACGGACGACAAUUUGAUGCAAAUUCUCCCGUAUCUUGAUCCGAAUUGCUUGAAAAAAAUUGAACUGAACGAUCCGCGAUCGGAAUAUGGAAGACUCGGUGACAGGGUUAAAUACCCAGAGUCCAUGUUGAAACCGUUUGUAUUGGACGAGAUAUGUCAACUGGAACAGUGGAAGAAAGCGACGGAACUGAAGAUUCGAUCACAGCCAAUACCCACUUCAAUUCAAAAAAUGAAUCUCACUGAAUUCUCAAAAGUUUGGAUAGAAGUAGAUACAAUCAGUUCAGAAGAUGUGUUAUAUCUCAAAGAACAUCUUUUACUAUCGGCCACUUUCCGAAGAUUCAUUAUUGACUUCAAAAACACGACAAUUGACUACGAAACUCUUCACGGACUAAUUGGACCACCGCAUCGAAUCUUCAGCGAUGAUGAUCGUAUCUGGUUUUUCCAAAUGGAAGUGAAUCAUCAGUUUUUGGAAGUCAGAUUGGGUAGAGGGUGUCUUGACUUUGAUCUUUCUUCUUACAUAAGACAAUAUAGAUAG